AUGUUGAAAUGUCUCUCUCAGAAAGGCAGAAAAUUACAGAGGUACGUAUGGAGCCGAUUAAGGAAAAACCUAACAAAAUCAUCGAAAGUUCAUCGUCUCAUUUCAACAGGAAGCAAAAGUAGACACAAAACAAGUGUCAGGCUUGUACAAAAAAUGAGAAGGAAACCCAUUUUUAGAACAAGAAAAGUCAAUUCUACAAUGAGAUAUGUUAACAAGUCAAAUACAGCUAAACAUGGAAAGAAAUAUUUCAAAUUGCUUAAGGCUGUGUUCGUUUAAUUUCCCAUAUAGUGAGUACAAGAGUCUAACUCAUAGAGGCAAUUGUACAAAGUACAAGCUUUGUAAUGAUGUGGAGGAAAACCCUGGUCCUGCCAUGCACCAUGUUGAUCCCAAUAAAACAAUAAAAGAACCAUAUAAAAAAGGGGAUGUUGUUGUAUUUGGACAAAAUGCAAGACAAAAAUGUGUUGCAAUGAGUUUAUGUGCUUUAAUAUACCACAAUAUGAAAGGAAUAAGUAACCCUGGUGACUUGAAACAAAUAGUGCAUAUUGGCAAUCAACUAUACAGCAGUUUGUCAAAACUAGCAAGACAAUCAUUCUUACUGCUAACAGAAUUACCAACAAUGCUUACAGUAUUGCAGGGAAAUUACCAGCUAGAAUACAGUGCAAGUUACUCUGAUAAUGUCCAUGGUGAGACUACUAUUGAGGGAUAUCAAUACUGUAUGGGCCUGAAAAGAGCUUUUGAGUCACUGAUAUCAAAACAGUACAGGUUGCUUAUUUUAAAAGUUGGUUGUAUUGCUGUCGGUAUUAUUUGUUGUGCUGACAAUCGCCAUUUUAAAGUGUUCGACUCAUGCAAGAGAAGUUUAUGGUGAGAGUCAUCCUAAAGGGACAUGCAUACUAUUAGAUAUAUAAUCUGCAGACAACUUAGUGCAAUACUUUCAAAGUUUAUACGGAGUAAUUGACGUGUAUGAACUAAAAGGUUUACAUAUUACAAAAUAUGACAUCACGGCGAGCAACAGUGUAAAGAUGUGUUAA